AUGGAUCCGGAAGCGACGAAACAAGGAUCCCUACAGACUCCCGCACUUAAGGACAAACUGGCCAGCGAGACCCAUUUGCGUCGCUUCACGGAGAAUGUAUUGGACUCCAGGCAGCAGGAGAUUGAGAACCGGGAAUCAGAAAAGGGCCAGCUUGCAGAAGAGGCGGAAACUCUCAGAAGACAACUUGCCGUCACCCAGCGGCAGCUCGCAGAGGCUCAGGAUCAAAUCUUUCGUCUGCAGCCUAGGAGAAGAGAUAUCACAGAAACAGAGGCUAGAGAAGCCUACAAGGUCCUAAUUGGGAAUGUCCAGCGCUGGGUUGAAAACCGUGCUGCAUUUGCUAUUGAGGAUCUGGAAAUUGGCCGCCUUGCUGCCAGAGCAUCCUCUCCAGAAGGGCUGCGACUCGUUUCUCUUCUCAGGGAACAGUCUAGACGAUGCUUGAAUGUUACGCAAGCUGAUGAGUUUCACAUCACUGGGGUCAUUAUGAACUAUCUCCACGUUACUCUGUUCUCAAAGUCCUUUUAUUGUCCUCUCGAUGAUACGGAAGGCGACGGAACGUCGAGGUGGGUUGAUGAUCUCGAGAACACUAUGUCUCGACUGCCAAGAGAAUGCGCCGGCAAAGGUUUUUGA